AAUCAUCUUUGGUGUAGAAGAAAAAUUUUGCUGUGCUAAAGAUUUCUAUAAAGUUGCAAAAAUGUCUGAGCAAGAAGACUUAAUAGCCCAGUUUAUGGAAAUAACUGGAGAAGAAGAUAAUGCAGCACGUUUUUAUUUAGCAGCAAGUAAUUGGUCCCUUGAGGAUGCCUUGCAAACAUUUUUGGCUGGUGACACUGAAAAUGCUGAUGUAGCAAAUCCUAAUGCUGUAAGAGGUGAUUUUGCAGAAGCACACUCAUCUACAUCAGGUUCACCAACAGGUACUGCUUCCGAAGAUAAAUUCAAGGGAGUGCCGAAAAAGCAAAAAUUUGCGACACUCACUGAUAUGACAAAACGUCCUUCAAAUGAGGAAGAAGGUCAGGCAUUCUAUGCCGGUGGUUCUGAACGCUCCGGACAACAAGUAUUAGGUCCACCAAAACGUAAAAACUUUCGUGAACAGCUCACCGAUAUGUUUCGUAUGGCACAUGAGCAAAACUUAGCCGAACCGAGUCCAGGUCCUUCUUCAUCCCAACCAAAUUGGGGUCAAGGUGUGCGUUUAGGUAUGACAGAAAAUGAUCAUACUGUCGUUACAGCUUUAAAUAAGAAUAAAGAUGGAGAUAAACAGCCUGCAGUUGUGUUAAAAUUAUGGAGUCAAGGAUUUUCGGUAAAUGACGGAGAACUGCGACUUUAUGAUGAUCCAGAGAAUAAAGAAUUCUUAGAAACUGUUAUGCAAGGUGAAAUUCCUCAAGAGUUACUUCAAAUGGGGCGCAUGGUAAAUGUUGACGUGGAGGAUCAUAGACAUGAAGACUAUAAGAAAACUGCUGCCGUUCAAACAUUUAAAGGUUCUGGACAUACACUUGGAAGUCCCGUUCCUAACAUUGAAGGCGCAGAGAGUAGUCCAUCAGUUGCUGGUAAUCCAAAGAAUCAUAGCAGUGAUGAAAAAGCGGCAAAAGACAAAUUGAAGGUCAAUACUACAGCACCAGUUACAACAUUGCAGAUUCGUUUAGCGGAUGGUACACGUUUAGCUGCACAAUUUAAUUUGACCCACACUGUGGCAGAUAUACAUCAAUAUAUACAAAAUGCUAGACCAGAGUACGUUAAUCGUAACUUUGUUUUGAUAUCAUCUUUUCCAACACGUGAACUAUCUGAUAACACCAUUUCAAUUGAUGUAGCAGGGCUAAAGAAUGCUUCAAUUAUGCAGCGUCUUGUUUAAAUAUUUAUUUUUACGUACAAUUUCAAUUUUUAAAAAUAUAUACAUUAUUGUAAGAAUUAAGUUGUUAAAUAAAACAUACUUUUUAUAUUAUAAAAUAAGUGUAAUUGGUGUAAUUCUAACGUGUACUUAUAUGUAAUUAAUAAAUAAUGUCAGUUCGUCAAUAUAGACUUUAUUUUUCAAUGAAUAUUGAAAAACUAAAUUAAAAGAAUGAUUAAUAAAAUUUUGAAGAAGUAUAUAA